AAUUUCUCUGCAUAUUUUCAAUUUAAAUGACAUUUCAAGUGAGAUACGGAAAAUGAGACAAGAACACCACAACCAUAUAUCUUUCUAUUAUUUUGACCGUUCUCAAAAGCAUAAACAAAGGUGGAUAUAUCAGUCUACCUUUCCUCUAUUCCACACCCUCUAGAUGGCAUAGAUAUCGCUCGAGGUUGGAUGUGAUUGUCGGAGCCGGAAGAAUUCCGACCACCUCAUAUCCUAAAAUACUUGGUGUUGUUGUUGUAACUAAAUUUUCAUGUGGAGGUGACGAUCCUCGUCAAGCUCCUGUAGUUGAGCAAGCUCGUUCCGGUUCAAAGGACCGAUCGCCGCGGGAACAGAGUGGUUAUUGGUUAUUUAAAGGCGCCAUACAAACACAAUUUAAUAUUUACAACUGUGUUAGUGUGCCCAUAGUGAGGCCCAGAGGUUUGCAUAUCCGCCUAUGACGCUGAACGCCUGGGUUCGAAUCCUGGCGAGACCAUCAGAAAAAUUCUCAGCGGUGGUUUUCCCCUCCUAAUGCUGGCAACAUUUGUAGGAUACUAUUCCAUGUAAAACUUCUCUCCAAAGAGGUGUCGCACUGCGGACUCGGCUAUAAAAAGGAGGUCCCUUAUCAUUGAGCUUAAACUUGAAUCGGUCUGUACUCAUUGAUAUGUUCCUUAGUGGAAAGUUCAUGGGAAAAAUUUGUAUUUGUUUGUAAGUGUGCCCAUCACUAAUUUAGAGUGUGAGUUUCAGCGCUACACGAUAACCUCUAGAUCAUGCGGCUGUCUAAGGCGCCCCGCUACCCGAGUUGGUAGCGUGCUCGAAUUUGCCAGUGCGGGGUCAUGAGUUCGAUUCCGAACAGGCCUUGAUCUGUCGCUACUCUGGUAUCACAAUGGACAUAAAAUUGUCUUAGUAAGUCUCUAAAAGGACUACCACUCUUACCUAACCUAGCCUUCAGACGAGUCUAGAUGGGGUGCGUCCACAGGGAUCAGAAAUAUCGAGUGAGUCUGGCUGGGCAGUUAGACAGGUGACGUGUAUCGUGCGGUCCCUGGUUACAAUCUGGACAUACAUCUUGCACGUCGACAUCAGUCCUUGCUCUGUAGGAAUUGAGCCGGCUCCAUCUGCUAGAACGUAAUUGAGCCAGAACUACUUUCGAUUGCCAGGGGAGGUCAAUUUCUUCAGGUGCAAAGGGUGGCGGUCGUUCUCCUAGGACGACAUUCCGCAUCUGCUACCAUGUCAGCAUGAAUGUUGCCUAGACGUGCUUGAUUGCCGCAAAAUUCCUGGGGCUUGACACUCAACAGAAUCAAGUAGACGAAAGAUAGAACACAACAAACUGCUACAACAACAACAACGAGUCUAGAUAGCAUUCACACGGUGGUAGAAGGGAUGAACAGCUACCGAGUGAACGCAGCCCUUGUACAUCGACAGCCAACAAUUGCACCAGAAAGAGUAAGCCUCCCUCGGCUCAGUUGAGUUCCGGCAGAUGCCAGAACUCCUACAGAGUUAGGAUUGAUGUCAGUGUGCUUGAUGUACAUAUGUCCAGAUUGUAGCCUGGGACCCGCCACCUGUUUAACUGCCCAGCCAAUCCUACUAGUCCUAGGACCACAUGCCUCUGGACUCACUCAACUUAGUUGCAGAUUUUCUAUAACUGUCCAUUUUACACAACCCCCCGGUAUAUUUAUACACGCAAGCUUAAAUUGAAGGUUAAACAAUCUGUUGCAUCUCCUUAGGGCAGUGAAACUAAGGCAUUACAGAGUUGUAUCCUUACAAAAGUCUUUUUUAUGAAAAGGAUUUUUUCCGUUGCCUAGCAACAGCCACGUAGUUUAUUGUAAAAACCAUUCAGCAUCAUAUUAAACAGCAAACGAUUGUUCAUUUCUAUUCUACCAUCAGGAUGACCUCUAAAAGUGUAAUUUGCUUUGAUAUAUCAAAAAAUGAACGCUUUCAAAUCACAGAUAAUUACAAAAUGUUGCAUCGCAAAUUGAAAUCCCAAUGGAACAUAGAGCAAAACGACAUGGAACUUAAGCCGGAAAAAUUGGCUAAAGUCAAAAUCUUUAUUAUAGCAGGACCCCAAGAUCGUUUUACCGAAGAGGAGUUUGAGGUGUUGAAGGUCUACGUGGAUAAUGGUGGCAGUUUGUUGGUUUUGCUGGGAGAAGGAGGCGAAAAUGAAUUCAAUACCAAUGUGAAUUUCUUUUUGGAACAAUAUGGCAUAUACAUAAAUAGUGACAAUGUCAUAAGACCUCACUAUUAUAAAAAUUUUCACCCCAAAGAAUGCUCCAUAGGAGGUGGAGUGGUUUGUGAGUCCAUGUGGCGUUAUUUAUUAAAGCAACCUGUCGACAAGGUCGAUUAUGAUUUCAGUGAUGAGAAGUAUAAACUACACUUUCAAUAUCCCUAUGGAGCCACCCUGAAUGUUUCUGACCCAGCCAAUGUCUUAUUGACCACGGGGCCAGUGGUGUAUCCCUUCAACAGGCCUUUGGCUGGCUAUUACUGCAAAGAGGGAGGAAAGGGUAAAAUUUUGGCCUUAGGUUCCGGCUACAUGUUUCACGAUAAGUACCUAACCAGCUACAAAACCAAUGAUUCUAUACUGGAAUAUAUUCUCAAGUUGUUGGGAGCAAAUGAUAUACAGUUCAAUCAUUUGGACUUUAAUGAUGUGGAGUUAAAUGAGAAUAAAACCUUUACGGAUAUAGGAUUUAUAGCUGAUUUGCCAAAGGCUUGCCUUAUCGAUUCUAUAGGUUCCGAAAUUCCGGCCGAUUUUAAAAAAAUGUUUGACAUGACCUUGUGUUCGUUGAGCAAUCGCCUACUGAAGGAUGUCAUAAACACCUAUCAACAGCUGAAUGUUAAAUAUGAACCUCUGAAAAUAAUAAAGCCACAGUUUGAGAUACCCCUGCCGCCUCUUCAAUUAGCUACAUUUCCCCCGAUUUUCAGUGAACCCGCAGCACCGCCUUUGGAACUUUACGAUUUGGAUGAGAUAUUUAGUCCACCCCGCUCCCAAUUGGCCAAUAUGACGGGUCAAUGCUUACAGGCUUUGCAAUCAACCAAAAAUCCUCGCAAACCACCAAAUUUGAAAGAAUUGGAAAAUUACAUAAAAGAAUGUGCCCGCAUAACCGCCAUCAUAAACGAGCAGCAUGAUAUGCAUAUAAGGGAAAUUUUGAAUAUUGUGGCCCAUCAAAUUGUUAGCUAUCGUCCAUAUGAUUAGUAACAAAAUGGAGAAGCAAUAUAUUGUGUUGAGGCUUAUAAGCGCAAAUACACUUGAUAUUAGAAA